AUCAGCACCACGCCGCUUCACCUGUCGUCCAUCUUUCCGUCUUUCAUCCCGCUGGAGGCCCCAGGUCCAAACCCCUGUCCUCCACCGGUGCCUGGACGUCCAGACAGAGCCCAGACGAGGGGGGCCUGGAUUCACUUCACCUGAGGCCGAGGCAAAGGGGGGAUUGACAUUUUUUCUUGGAGGCCCCGUGUUCCUGUGUCUAUGUGUGUGCAGGACUGUACACAGGAAGUCACUUUUUUUUGUUUCAGGUGUGAAAUAUGGAGAAACUGAGCUAAAGAUGGGGUCGGUAACGUCAUACUUUGCCCCGCUGUGUGGGAAAGAGGAAAAGAUAGAGGAGGAGAGACACUUUCGAGCGAAUGACAGACCUUUCAACCUGUCUUACCACUAUGUCGACAACGCCAUCAACACCUCCAAAUACAACGUUUUCACCUUCCUGCCCCUUAACCUCUUCGAACAGUUCCGGAGGCUCGCCAACGCCUACUUCCUCUUCCUCAUGGUCCUCCAGCUCAUCCCGCAAAUCUCCUCUCUGUCCUGGUUCACCACGGCCGUCCCUCUGAUCUUGGUGCUGUCCAUAACGGCGGUCAAAGACGCCAGCGAUGACAUAAACAGGCACAAAAGUGACAAGCAGGUGAAUAACCGCAUGGUGGACGUCCUCAUUGAUGGAGAACUGAAAAGUGAAAAAUGGAUGAAUGUUCAGGUUGGAGACAUUAUCAAGCUGGAGAAUAAUCAGUUUGUCACAGCUGACCUCAUGCUGCUGUCGAGCAGUGAGCCUCUCAACCUGGUCUACGUGGAAACGGCUGAAUUAGAUGGUGAAACCAAUCUGAAGGUGAAACAGGCCCUGACUGUAACUGGAGAGAUGGGGGACAGCGUCGACGCGCUAGCUGGCUUCAAGGGUGAAGUGCGGUGUGAGCCUCCCAACAACCGUCUGGACAAGUUCAAAGGAACCCUCACCCUGGAAGGACAAACCUACUCUUUGGACAACGACAAGGUUCUGCUCAGAGGAUGUACUCUGAGGAACACAGAGUGGUGCUUCGGUCUGGUCAUCUUCGGAGGUCCCGACACCAAGCUGAUGCAGAACAGUGGAAAGACAACAUUCAAACGGACGAGCAUUGAUCACCUGAUGAAUGUCCUGGUGUUGUGUAUCUUUGGCUUCCUGGCGUCUAUGUGCACUGUUCUGGCCAUCGGCAAUGGAAUUUGGGAGGUGAGGGAGGGCUCAGUUUUCACAGUCUUCCUCCCUCGUGAUCAAGGGGCCAGCGCCGCACUCUCUUCCUUCCUCUCCUUCUGGUCCUACGUCAUUAUCCUCAACACGGUUGUGCCUAUUUCUCUCUACGUCAGUGUGGAGAUCAUCCGUCUGGGGAACAGCUUUUACAUAGACUGGGACAGGAAGAUGUAUUACCCCAAGAGCGACACCCCUGCCCAGGCGAGGACCACCACACUCAACGAGGAGCUGGGCCAGAUCAAAUACAUCUUCAGCGACAAGACCGGCACCCUGACGCAGAACAUCAUGACUUUCAACAAGUGCUCCAUCAAUGGGAAAGCUUAUGGGGAGCUGCUCAACUUUUCUGGAGAGAGGGUUGAAAUAACAGAGAAGACGGAGAAAGUGGACUUCUCCUGGAACAAGCUGGCCGACCCAAAGUUCUCCUUUCACGACCACAGUCUGGUGGAGACGGUGAGGGAGGGAAACCCGGAGGCUCAGGCUUUCUUCCGCCUGCUGGCUCUGUGCCACACCGUCAUGCCCGAGGAAAAGAAAGAGGGCGAGCUCUACUAUCAGGCUCAAUCUCCUGAUGAGGGCGCUCUGGUGACCGCAGCGAGAAACUUUGGGUUUGUGUUCCGCUCACGCACACCAGAGACCAUCACAGCCAUGGAGAUGGGCAAACAGGUCAUCUAUGAACUCCUGGCUGUUCUUGACUUCAAUAAUGUACGAAAGAGAAUGUCGGUCAUAGUACGUAGCCCUGAAGGCAAGUUGACUCUAUACUGCAAAGGAGCAGACACCAUCAUCUAUGAAAGACUGCACCCGUCCUGCAACAAACUGAUGGGCGUGACCAGCUUCCACCUCAACGAGUAUGCAGGAGACGGCCUCCGCACGCUGGUCCUGGCCUACAAGGACUUGGAUGACAGCUACAUGGAUGAUUGGAAACUACGCCACCAUGAGGCCAGCACCGCCAUGGAUGACCGAGAGGAGAGGCUUGAUCAGCUUUACGAAGAGAUAGAGAAAGACCUGAUGCUGUUGGGAGCGACCGCUGUGGAGGACAAGCUGCAGGACGGCGUGCCACAGACCAUAGAGCAGCUGGCUAAAGCUGACAUCAAAAUAUGGGUGUUAACUGGGGAUAAACAGGAGACGGCAGAGAACAUCGGCUAUUCCUGCAACAUGCUGAGAGAGGAGAUGAAGAAGAUUUUCAUUGUGGCAGCCAACACGGCUGAAGAAGUGAAAGAGGAGCUAAGGAAUGCAAGGAGGGAAAUGUGUCCAGAAUCAGAGGACGAGCCGACUGUGAUCAAGGCUCGCGCCGGCCUGUUUUGGCUUCAGAAGACUGAGAGAGUGGAGGACGAGAAGGUUGAUGGGGAAUAUGGCCUAGUUAUAAACGGACACAGUCUGGCCUUUGCACUGGAGAACAACUUGCAGCUGGAGCUGCUGAGGACAGCAUGCAUGUGUCAGACCGUGAUUUGCUGCAGGGUCACCCCUCUGCAGAAGGCCCAGGUGGUUCAGCUGGUCAAGAAAUACAAGCAGGCUGUCACUCUAGCCAUUGGCGACGGGGCCAACGACGUCAGCAUGAUCAAGGCUGCUCAUAUCGGUGUAGGUAUCAGCGGUCAGGAGGGCAUGCAGGCGGUUCUCUCCAGCGACUACUCCUUCGCCCAGUUCCGGUACCUGCAGCGCCUCCUGCUGGUGCACGGUCGCUGGUCCUACCUGCGCAUGUGCAAGUUCCUGCAAUAUUUCUUUUACAAGAACUUCACCUUCACCUUUGUUCAUUUCUGGUACGCCUUCUUCUGCGGCUUCUCUGCUCAGACUGUGUAUGACGAGUGGUUCAUCACCUUGUACAACCUGGUUUACACGGCACUUCCUGUCCUCGGCAUGAGCCUCUUUGACCAGGAUGUGAAUGACCGCUGGAGUUUUCAGUAUCCUCAGCUCUACUCUCCGGGCCAGCUGAACCUGUACUUCAGUAAGAAAGCCUUCGUGCGCUGUAUGAUGCACAGCUGCUACAGCUCCCUCAUCCUCUUCUUCAUCCCGUGGGCCGCCAUGUACGACACGGUCCGAGAUGACGGCAAAGACAUCGCCGACUACCAGUCCUUUGCUCUGCUGGCGCAAACCUGUCUGCUGAUUGUGAUGAGCAUACAGCUGUGUCUGGACACCUAUUACUGGACGGCAAUGAACCAGUUUUUUGUAUGGGGCAGCCUGGCCGCUUACUUCGCCAUCACGUUAACCAUGUACAGCAACGGCAUGUUCCUCAUCUUCACCUCCUCUUUCCCCUUCAUCGGCACAGCAAGAAACUCUCUGAACCAGCCCAACAUUUGGCUCACCAUCUUCCUGACCUCCCUCCUCUGUAUUCUGCCUGUGGUGGCUUUCCGCUUCAUUCUCAUUCAGCUUCAGCCCACCAUCAACGACAAGGUGAGACAUAAGUUGCGGAAGGAGGCCCUGCCGGCGCCCGCUCCUCGUCUCGCGCGCCGCAAGCGUGUCAGCACCCGUCGCUCCGGCUACGCCUUCUCCCACGCGCAGGGCUACGGUGACCUGGUGACGUCACGGAAGUUCCUGCUGAAGCUGCCCCUGAGGAGCCGACCGGCGCUGUUCACACAGACGGACUCUCCACUGGCUCAGAACCAGCCGCAAUUCUACCGCACCAUCACAGAGGAGCAGGAGGACUCACAGAGCUCCUCGCAGAGCCCCCAGACCGAAGGUACCACCGCAGCAGAGUGAGCGGGGACCUGAAUGUUCUAGUUUUUAUACUGGAGCGCAGGGUCAAGAUCACUAUUUGGAUUGUCUCGGGGUCGAACAUUUACACUUCAAACUGAGUCUGACUUCAACUCAAGUUUUUUGUUUUUAUCUAGGGGAAGGAAUAUCACUGUGAAAAUGUUGAACUUAGCAGCACAUACAGCCUUAAAGGACCACACUGGUGCUUUUGUGUGUUUCAGCAACACUCAUAUACUGCAGUCUGCACCACUGCUGACCAUUUUCAAAAUUGAUCACAAUGUGGUAGAUAGAUUUUCUUCCUCCCAGAUAGAUAAUGGCUUCAAUUUAAAUCAUUUCAACUCCAAUCAACAGAUGGAUUUCAGCAGGGACGUUUUGGGUAAACUGUAUUCAAACACACUUUAAUCUCUCAGAUGCAGAAAAGCACCUUUAAAUUGCAAAAAGUAGAGAUGAAUAAAACAUUUAGAUUUUCCAACAACAUACUUCAUAGAUGUAAAGCUUUUCAAAUGAAUUUCAUUUCAACCUUAUUGCCAUUAUACUUGCAUACAGAAAAAUCAGUCUUUCAGAAUAAUGCAACCUGUGAAGUGUUUGAUUUUGUUUAAGCAUACAGUCCAACAGCUAACUCAAAUUUCUGAAUUCAACAUGACCUUGAACACAAACAAGGAGUUAUUACUUUUUUUUUUACGUCCCUACUCAUCACUGCCGGAGGAGACGGAUCGUGUAGAUUUCUCCCAAAAAAUGUUAGUGGACAUUACUUGUAGUGAGAUAAGCAGAAACAUAAGCAACCUGGAGGGGUCAUACUUUUGGGAAGCUUCAUGAAAUGGCCAGAAGUACUGUAUGUAGUUUGUCCUUAACUUGCAAUAACAUGCAAAACUGCAAAAAAAAAAAAGGUUGCCACUGACUGGUCCUGAGAAACUGUAUCAUCACUGCCUGCAACAUGAAGUUGUAUUUUGUACCUUUUAUAAUUAUUUUCUGUUUUUGUUCUUCAAGUGAAUUGUCAAUACUCAGGGUGUCAUUCUUAGAAGGCAUUAUAAAACCGUGAUUUCCAUUGAAAUCCAAGAUGAACCUAUUUUCACUCUGUUGUUUACAUAAUUAAAUACGUAAAGAUUUUUUAAAACAUUGUUUUACUAUUUCUCUGUGUUAAUAAUCUGUUUGUUCAUUUAAUAUUUCUGUGCUCGUUAGGAGAUGUAUAACUCUGCAGUAUUUUUUGAAGUACAGCCGGGGGGGGGGGGGUCGGUCUUGUCUCCCUAUCAAUGGUACAGUGAUGGUUUAAAUGUAAAUGAGGGACAGUGCAGGGACCUGCAGGCUGCACAUAUUAAUCAUAAAAACCCUUUUUUUUUCUAUCUAAACACAUAUUUUGCCAUUGUGUCUUUCAUUUUAUUAUGUUACCCUCAAGGUUUC